UCGCGUACGCACGCAUUCGACGGAACUUCUUCUACAACUACUUACAACACAAUCCUUAUCACAAAUGAACCAAAUUGCAGCAAAGAACAUUUAAUUGAAUAAAAAUACGAGUUACUAAUGGCAUUGAAGUGAAAAUUAAUUAAUAACAGAAACAACAACAAUAACAAGUAUUAAAUUUACAACAGAAAGUGUAACCAAAUCGCAGCAGUGUAGUCGAUGUGAUGCCAUCGCGACGGGCGGGUGGCGGCACAGUGCGACGCAAGCACGCAAUUGGUAAUCUACGUCGCGCACAUCCCGCCUCGGGUGCCACAUGGAAUGUGCAGGUGGUGCGCGGUAAAAUGUCAUCUAAAUGCCUCUGGCAUGCAUGCCGAGCACUGAUACUGGGCUUAACGCUGAUGGUACUUGGCGCCGGUAUGGCUAUAAUAGGCUAUUAUGCGGACUACCUUUCGACGGGCUCUGAGCUGCGCGGCAAUGCAACGGUGAGGGUCAAAAAUGAUCUAAAAGGUUUCCAUCUCAACAACCUAUCCUACGUCGGACCCAUUGUGAUGGGCUUUGGUGGCUUCAUAGUUGUAGCUUCUUGUGUUAUGACAUUCGAGGCGCGCGACUCGGCGGCUAAGGUGGUGCCGGCGCGUUUCCGUGCCGGAACUGGUGGCAGUAAGUCGACGGUGCGUAGCAAUCAGAGCAGCGCAACUUCACAAAGGCGUGCCAUUGGCAUUCAACUGCAAAGCACGCGUUGGGAUCAACAGUUCGGCGUAUUUCGCACAUCACCGGCCGAACCGCCACCUCAGGUCACGCCACAGCCCUUCGAUCGGGAGGCGCUUACAGCCGAGCUUAUCAAAUUCUCCAAGUCGCUCAGCGCAUCCGCUCGCUUUUCUCCACAACUACGACGCCUCACCCACACUGGUUCUGUGCCAAAUCUCUCCACACAUGUCCCCCAUCCCAUCGCUUACUCCACUAACCUCUCACAUUUGCUUUCGCCGAAUCACAAACCGCUCCUGUUGCUGGAACAAAAACGUAACCGACACCAUCAUCGGCAUCAUCAUCACCACCACCACCACAACCACAACCACAAUCGCAAUACGCACACCAGCAGCAGUGGACGGCAGGUAAAGACGCGUGGGUCGCGCAUUAGCAAUAGUUUGGUGCAACGCAAUACCCGUGAGAAUGGUGGUCCUUGUGCGUUGCUCCAGCCGCCAUCAACCAACAAACUGUACUGGCAUGCAGCCUCUUUCGAUGAUGGUGCGCGUGUGGAAAAGCCGUUAUCGCGAGCUACGGUAGCCGAUAUGGCGCGUCGCUCGGACACAGCUAAACGUCAUGUGCUGGCACGACAGAAGCCCAUCGAACAGGAAGAGGACAAGAGUAGUCCGCUAGGCAAUCGCAGAUGCUCUACAAUGUCAGACUCAUCGUAUAGCGGCCGCUGGACGGCACGCUGCGCAUCAAUGGCUAGCCGCGCCUCAAGCAUCGAUUCACGACGCAUUCAAGUUGAUUUGCAUAGCCCUGAGGUCAUGCCUAAAUCCAUACUGCGCUCACCGAAGAGGUAUAGUUCCGGACCAUCGGCAACACCAUCGGUGGAGAAGGAGUUUAGAAGCCAAUUAAGCGUUUGUUCAGAGCCACCUGCAGCCAUACACCAACUAUCC